AUGACGGAAUGCUUCCUAGCAGAGGGGACUUGGGAGUGGGCUUUGGAGGAUGAGUACGAGUUUGCCAGGCAAACAUACUGGAAUGCCACUCGGGCCUUCAUGAUCCUGUCCGCUCUGUGCGCUACCUCUGGCAUCAUCUUGGGCAUCCUAGCCUUCGCUCAGCAGCCCACCUUCACCCGCCUCUCCCGCCCCUUCUCCGCGGGCAUCAUGUUUUUCGCCUCCACCCUUUUUAUCCUCUUGGCCUUGGCCAUUUACACUGGAGUCACCGUCAGCUUCCUUGGCCGCCGUUUUGGAGACUGGCGCUUUUCCUGGUCUUACAUCCUGAGCUGGGUGGCCCUACUCAUGACCUUCUUCGCAGGGAUUUUCUAUAUGUGUGCCUACCGGAUGCACGAAUGCCAGCGCCUGUCCACUCCCCGCUGA